AUCAUACCGGAUGUGAAUCAAGGGUUGUAACCGCACUUACCCUAUUAAAGUCUCAUCUUUUCUGUUACCAAGGUCAUGUAUCUGCUGCUUUGAUACUUGGUGGAGUUGAUGUGACUGGCCCACAUCUACAAACUAUCUAUCCUCAUGGAUCAACAGACACACUCCCAUUUGCUAUAAUGGGUUCUGGUUCUCUUGCUGCAAUGGCUAUCUUUGAGUCAGAGUAUCGUGAAGGGCUUACUAGGGAAGAAGGAGUGAACUUGGUGACCAAGGCUAUAUGCUCUGGCAUAUUUAAUGAUCUGGGAAGUGGUAGCAAUGUAGAUGUCUGUGUGAUUGAGAAGGGUAAGAAGGAAUAUAUGAGGAAUCAUCAGACUCCAAAUCCCUGCACUUACAUCAGUUCCAAAGGCUACACCUUUUCUAAAAAGACAGUAUUUAAAGGUUGAGCUGCUUGCACUUCU